CGACGAGGAAGCGCGGAUAGUCAGAACACCGGAUCCUAAACGGUCCUCGUGCUAACGUGACGUCAUCACUGUUUACUUUUACCGAAGCAACGCCCUCUGUUAGCAACUUGUGGCUAGCUAGUCACCGAGGACGGCACAGCAUCUAGGGAUCCUCUAGUGACACCACCCUGAGUGAAAGCCUGUCCGCUCGCUCAUAAUUCUGUCAGUCAAGUCCAGAUGCAUGAGUCUCGGUCAGAACCAGCAGGCCACACCAUACAAGCAAGUCAGACCGAGAGCAGAAACCCUACUGAGAAUGAGAGUCGACUGAAGAGCCUCCAGACCGCUCCUCCAGAGGCACCCAGGGUCCCGGUGUCGUUACCUGUGAUGACUCCACCUGCAGAGGCUCCACAGCAGCAGGUUCUCAACCCUCAGCAGAUCCAGGCGCUGCUCCAGCAGCAGAAGGCACUCAUGUUACACCAGCAACAGAUUCAGGAGGUCUUCAAGAAUCAGCAAGAGCAGAUAAACAUGCAGCUGCUGCAGCAGAAGAAUGCUGGUAUGGUUAGUCAAGAGCUGACGGCUCAGCAGAUUGUCAUCCAGCAGCAGCUGCUUCAGGUGCAGCAGCAGCAUCUCCUGAACCUGCAGAGGCAAGGCCUGCUGUCUGUGCUUCCCUCCAGCCCUGCUGCAGCUCCAGGUUGUGAGAACGGCAGCGUCCCGUCCUCUGCUGCAGACACCAGAGAGACCAGUCUCUCCACGGCCAACGGGCACCAAGCGUUCCUGAAGAGGAAGGAGAGUGGCUCCCAGGAUGAAAGCCCACAGAACAGCCAUCCUCUGUACGGCAACGGCAUGUGUAAGUGGCCCGGCUGUGAGACGGUGUUCGGAGACUUUCAGGCCUUUAUCAAACAUUUGAACAGUGACCACACACUCGAUGACAAGAGUACGGCACAGUGUCGCGUGCAGAUGCAAGUUGUUCAACAGCUGGAGCUACAGCUGAAGAAGGACAAAGAGCGUCUCCAAGCGAUGAUGGCUCACCUGAAGUCGUCUGAACCCAAACCAGCUGCUCAGCCUGUAAAGCUGCCAUCCAGCCUUUCCUUUCCUCCGGGGACGUUGGCCAAAGGCUCCCCUCCUAUGAGUCUUUCUCAGAGUGCCACAGCACCCUCCACGCCGCUGACUCCCCUGUCUGAGUCCCCCUCAGUCCUCACCCCCAACAGCCUGUUCACUGGGACCCCCGUCCGGAGACGGUACAGCCGCUCUGUGAGCCAAGACAUCACUGAUAAUAAAGAGUUCUACUUGGGCACAGAAGUCAGACCUCCGUUCACAUACGCAUCUCUCAUUAGACAGGCUAUUUUUGAGUCACCUCGUAAUCAGCUGACAUUAAAUGAAAUCUACAACUGGUUCACUAGAAACUUUGCAUAUUUCAGACGCAAUGCAGCCACCUGGAAGAACGCCGUCAGACACAACCUGAGUCUGCAUAAGUGCUUUGUGCGUCUGGAGAACGUGAAGGGAGCCGUGUGGACGGUGGACGAGAUCGAGUUCCACAGGAGGCGGCCGCAGAAAGCCGCUUCUGGCAACGGAUCUUUGAUGAAAACCCCUCAGGACCGGCGGAGCCUAGCUGGAUCUGCUCUUCAGAAUGCCAUUCUGGACAGCAGCAGCUCUCUGUUUAGCCCGGCCUCGAUGGGCAGCAUCCCGCUGCACUCGCUGCCUCAUGUCCUCCAGGAGCAGAUGAACGGAGCUCUGGCGAACGGAUCUGGAUACCAGAGCGACAGCAGCGCCACGCAGUCCCCACCUCAGGCUUACAUCAAAGAAGAGCCGGAGGACGAGGAGAUCUGUGAAAACUAUCCCUACGAGUCUCCGGAGAGCACAGACGAGCACGGCCACAGCCCAGACGGGAUGCAGGAGGACAACCUGGGCAGCCCGGAGCGUUCCAACCUUCACCUGGACCGCGUGCCUUCUCUCUGACAUCAGGGUCUCCACCCAGCGUCCGCGUGACUUUGUAUCGCAGAAACAGCAGCUUCAUCCAUGUAACCAAACACUACUGGGGAUCCUUCAUUUCCUUAUGAUGUUUUCCAGCGUUAGUAGCUUUAUUUUCCUUUGUGUGCGCGUUAAUCUAGUUCUCGGCUAUUUUUGUACAGGUGGUCAACAUCACAAUGAGACAUUUGUGGAGCUGUUUGUGUUUAUUUUUAUUUUAUACAGUAUAUUACUAAACAGAAGGACCACGAUGAGCAGAGAAGCCAAAGGAAAGGGAACACUGAUAGUUAGCACUUAGGCUACACUACCUGGUUUAUUUCACUAGCCGUGUAGAGGAAAGAGCCACGUGUUGCUUUAAAAGGACAACCUCCACUUCCAACACGAUCUGUUUGUAACCGAGGUCAAAUCCAAACAGCUGAUCUACAGGAAACACCUUCAGCACACCCAUAAUCGUCGCUCUAACCCAACAUGUAGAUUGUAGAGAUUUAUCAUUAUUGUGAACUAAUGCAUCUCUAUCGAUAUUAAAUUGCUCAUGAUCUAUGUGAAA